AUGAAAAGUGGUCAGCAAGUAACCCCAACAAAUAAGAAAAAAUUUAUGAUUAUGAUUCCUUCAGCUGAUAACUGCACAAGUAGUGCUAUUGACAAAAAGAAUUUAUCUCCAUCAUUAUCACUUCCAGGCUUAUCGUCUCAAAAAUUCAAAAUUCAUUUAGAGAAUAAAGCAUUUAAGACAAGAUUGCUUGCUAAUAUCGCAAAUAGAAAAAUUUCAACAGAUAGAUCGAAAAAUAUUCAAACACUCAAUACAGCUCGAGGGAUUUCUUAUAACGCUGAUCAUGCUAAAUCAAUGAUAAAAGAAGAAAAUACCAGCGAACUUCUGGCCACCUUGGGGAUAAUGAAAGGAAAAACUGCAAGAGAAUUUCCUAAAAGUUUCGAAAAAUUAAAAGAGUCAUUGACUAUAAAUUCAGAUAGUGAAUUAGAAAAAUAUGACUUGGGAAGCCCAGUUGGCAGAAAAGAUGCUCAAGAGCUAGCAGAUUGAGUCCAGCUAAUGCUUAACAAAGCUCUUUCAGACCAAAAUGAAGAUAUUGACAAACUGUUUGAAAGCGCAAUGAUGAUCUAUAACAUCUGCUUUUACGAAAUUGUUAGACAGGUGAGUGUACAAUGUAAAGAACGCGGAGAGUUAAUUAACAUGGUAUGAAAAGCUUACUUAAGCUUAUUAGAGAGGGCACUAAGAGUUUCUCAAGUAAAGCUGACAUGCCAGUCUGAUGAUUUUGAAAAAGAAAAAAAUAGCAUAAUUAAAAAAUUUUCAGCAGAAAUAUCAAGAAUGACUGUUGAAAAAAAUAAAUGCAAUUAUGAAAUAGAGCAGCUUAAAAAGUUAGUGAAUAGUAAAGAAGAAGAAAUAAGCUCGUUUCUAAACAGAGAAGAAAGACUUUGCGAUAAAAUUGAAAUAAUACAACAACAUUAUGAAGCUGUUAAAAAAGAAGUCUUGUUGCUAAAAGAGGAUAAUAGAAUUCUUAGUACCAAAGUUGAAAGAGCAAAAAUCAGUUUUGAAGAAAAUAAAGAUGGGAUUAUUCAAUAUAUCCCUCCAGAAAUAGCAAAAGUAAAAAGAAAAAAACAAGAAGAAAUUAAUAAAAUUUUAGCCCAAGAUCCUGUACUAUCAAAAGUCAGUGAGCUUCAUGCUCUAGACUCAAAUGCAUUUAUUGAAAGCAUCAGUAAAAAUGAAGAAAAUGAAAAAGAAAUAUUUUUGGUGCCAGAUUUCAAAGACAUUGGAAUUGAUGCACCUAUUGUAGAAGUUAAAGAAAUUCAAAUUCAAACAGAUGUAACUGAACUCUGCGGAGAAUCAAAAGGUGAAAGAAAAGUUCUAAAAGAGCCAGAAACCCCAAAGCUUGAGCUGCAAAUUAUGGACAUAAUAAAAUACAGUCAAGAAGAUGCAGACAGAGCAUGAAUUGAAGAAACCUUUAGAGAGGAAACCCAAAAGCAUUCUGAAAACCAGCAACAAUUUUUGGUACAAUUUCAGAAAAAGAUUGACCAAGUGAACGAUUUGAUUGUGAAGAUGAAAACUAACAUCAAAGAAAACAAAAAUGUCGCUGAAAAUUAUGCAUUUGCUAAUACUUUGUAUUCUUCCAUUGCAAUGGCAAUUAAAAAAGUAAAAGAAGAAACCCCAAUGAUGGUCCAAGAAAUUGAGGUUGAAGAAGCUGAAUCUGUUGAAAAAAUUGAAGAGGUGCCGAAAAUCGGAAGACUCUGGUCUAUUAUCCAAAAAGUUCACAUGAAAAAGCCUCAAGAUCUAGCGACAGUGAUAACUCAAAAAGUUCUGAAUACUCCAAAUCAUAAGUUGAAAAAAAUAAUGAUCAAAAAAAUGCUGCUGAAAUUCAUUACCCAAUUUUAUGAUAUUAAGCUAUCAAGAACAAAUGAGCCUGAAUAUAAAAACCAAACGAUGUCUCAGUUGCUGUUAGAAGUUUUUAAUAGGAAGUACGGAAUGCAUAAAGUGGUCGUUAACAAAAUGUAUCAGUUAUUAUCAUCUUGUGUUAAAUUCAAAAACAUUAAAAGAAUUUAUAUAUUUGGGAGAUUUUUGAAAUUAUACUCAGAGCUCACAAACCAAGACCUUGAGGUCUAUUUGGAUUUGCUUAAAUUCAUGAAAGAAAACUUUGGGUUUAAAGAAAACCAAGGAGAUUUCGCAGAAAUUCAAUAUGUAUAUUAUGAUAAAGCUACUGAAUUCUGCAAAGUAUAUCUAGCUGAGAUGGCCCAGGAGGAAGUAAGCUCGCUCUUAGUUUCUAUUGAGGCUCUAAAAAUUACAGAUCAGAAUAAAAUUAUAUAUAUUGAGCUUGAUAAACUAUAUGAUGAAGUUAUUGAACGAAUUUGCAAAAAACGAGCUAUCAGGAUGAACUUUGUGAAAUGCAUUUAUGAGGCUGCAGAUCUUAAUGACGAUGGAUUUUUGAAUUUCCAAGAAUUCGAGCUGCUUGUAAGGCACAUUUCAACUGCCAAACUUUCUGAGUCUUAUUACCGUGAACUUUUUAAUGAGUUUGCUCAGAACUUCACAGGAGAAGACAAUGAAAUAAUUCAAGCACUUACAGUAGAGAGUUUUACCCAGCUCACACAAACGUAUCAAGUUUUCUCAACUGACUACCUUCAGCCUUUCGCUCAAAUUACUCAUCCAAAUGGCCCAAUAGGAAAUUUAUCAGAAAUUAGCCCAAAUAUUGAUAAAAUCCUUAAUAACUUCAAAUGGAGAUUUUUAAAGAGAAUCAGUUGGAAGCUUCAUAAGCGAGACUUGGAUGAAAUAAUGGAAAAAGUCAAAGGAAAAGUAUUAAACCCAAAGAACCCUGAUUCAGUGUGGAUUGGGCUAAGACUUCUUGAUGAAGAGUCUAAAUUGAUUUGCGUAGAAGAAAAUCUGAAAGUUUUGAUGCCUAAAAUCAGUGUAGUUUUGCCUAUUUUCAAUUCAAUAGAAGGAGUAAGCUAA